CGGGCCGCCCGCCCGCCCGCCACCGCCAUGGCUGCUCAGCUCCGGCUCCGCUCCGCGCUUGCCCUGGUCACAGGUGCGGGCAGAGGCAUCGGCCGCGCGGUCAGUGUGCGCCUGGCUCAAGAGGGCGCUGCCGUGGCCGCCUGCGACCUGGACGGGGCCGCGGCACUCGAGACCGUGCGGCUGCUGGGCGAGCACCGGGCGCCCGGCGGGAAGCACGCCGCCUUCCAGGCCGACGUGUCGCAGGCCCCCGCGGCCCGGCGCCUGCUGGAGCAAGUGCAGGCCUGCUUUUCUCGCCCGCCAUCUGUCGUUGUGUCCUGUGCUGGCAUCACGCGGGAUGAGUUUCUGCUCCACAUGUCCGAGAAAGACUGGGACAAAGUCGUAGCUGUCAACCUCAAGGGCAUCUACCUAGUCACUCAGGCUGCAGCCCAGGCAUUGGUGUCCAGUGGUUGUCCUGGCUCCAUCAUCAACAUCAGUAGCAUCGUUGGAAAGGUGGGGAACAUUGGGCAGACAAACUAUGCUGCCUCGAAGGCAGGAGUGAUCGGGCUCACCCAGACCGCAGCCCGCGAGCUUGGACGACACGGGAUCCGCUGUAACUCAGUCCUCCCAGGAUUCAUUACAACAUCCAUGACCCAGAAAAUCCCACAGAAAGUGAAGGACAAGGUGACUGGAAUGAUCCCGUUGGGACACAUGGGGGACCCUGAGGAUGUGGCAGAUGUGGUUGCGUUCUUGGCAUCUGAAGACAGUGGAUACAUCACAGGGGCCUCAGUGGAAGUCACUGGAGGUCUUUUCAUGUAACUGCCUCAAGAACCCUGGACUCUGCUCACCCCCCACUACCACUCUGCCUGGCCUCCCGCUGAUGAGGACUCUAAGUUCCCAGGCUACACAAGGGGGUGGCAGUGUGUGGCUCAGGAAUGCUGAACAUGGAAGGCAGGGGUGCUUGUGACCCUAAUAAAUUCCAAAUCCUCUUCCCUGCCA